UUUUUCAGUUGACGCCCGGAUUUGAUCUCCUUAAACUCGCUGCGGUUUCCUCCGAGGUUUGGAAGGAAUCGAUUCGAAGAGCGGAAACAGCAUCGGCGGCGGCGGAGUCAAUCGAACGGUGGCAGAGACUAAGAAAUCCGUUGACCGAUGGAUCGAGAGAUUGGCUCGGCUCCUGAUGAGCAGAGGGUUUGUUGGAGGGGCAACUGCAAACACCUUCUUCUUUUAGCAUAUCAGAGUAUUGGAGUAGUGUAUGGUGACUUGAGUACCUCUCCUAUUUACGUAUAUACAAGCUCUUUUUCCGGAAGGCUGAGCCUUUAUCAAGAUGAGCAAACAGUAUUUGGUAUGUUUUCCGUGAUAUUCUGGACAUUCACCAUAAUCCCACUGCUUAAGUACGUCAUCAUUGUCUUGGGUGCUGAUGAUAAUGGUGAAGGUGGAACGUUUGCUUUGUACUCUUUGCUCUGCAGACAUGCCAAGCUCAGUUUGCUCCCCAAUCAGCAAUCAGCUGAUGAGGAGCUCUCCACAUAUUAUAGGAAUGGAUACAUUUCUCAAAAUACUAUUCAUUCUCCACUAAAAAGGUUUUUAGAGAAGCACAAAAGGCUGAGAACAUGCUUACUUCUCAUAGUUCUAUUUGGUGCUUGCAUGGUGAUAGGAGAUGGGGUUCUUACCCCAGCAAUUUCUGUUCUAUCAUCAAUUUCUGGGUUGCGAGUGCGUGCCAAGGGAUUGCUUGAUGGUGAGGUGCUAGUCAUUUCUUGUGUUGUGUUGGUUGGCCUUUUCACCUUGCAGCACAAAGGAACUCAGAGGGUAGCCUUUAUAUUUGCACCUGUUGUUAUCAUUUGGCUGUUAUGCAUUGCUGCAAUUGGCUUGUAUAAUACAAUCUAUUGGAAUCCCAGAAUAUUUCAUGCUCUUUCUCCACAUUACAUUGUCAAGUUCUUUGAGCACACAGGAAAAGAUGGAUGGAUUUCUCUCGGGGGAAUACUUCUUUCAAUUACAGGUACUGAAGCUAUGUUUGCAGAUCUUGGCCACUUUAAUGAAGCAUCCAUCAGGGUUGCAUUUAUCAGUGUCAUAUAUCCAUGUCUGAUACUGCAAUAUAUGGGGCAGGCAGCAUUUCUUUCUAAGAACAUAUCUGAUGUAUCCAUCAGCUUUUUUGGGUCUAUACCAGAACCUGUAUUUUGGCCUGUCUUUGUGAUCUCCACUCUUGCUGCUAUAGUUGCUAGCCAAUCUGUCAUCUCUGCCACCUUCUCCAUCGUGAAGCAAUGCCAUUCUUUGGGUUGCUUUCCACGUGUCAAAAUUGUCCAUACAUCAAGAUGGGUCAAUGGGCAGAUAUAUAUACCUGAAAUAAACUGGAUUCUUAUGGUUCUUUGUCUUGCUGUCACACUCGGCUUUCGUGACACAACCCUUAUAGGAAAUGCUUAUGGUAUAGCAAGCAUGACCGUGAUGUUUGUUACCACUUGGUUAAUGGCACUAGUGGUCAUCUUUGUGUGGCAAAAGAACGUCAUAUCUGCCCUGUUAUUUCUCGUUUUCUUUGGGUUCAUUGAGGGUGCCUUCCUUUCGUCUUCGCUCAUCAAGGUUCCGCAAGGCGGAUGGGUGCCUUUCGUGCUUUCUUUCGUCUUCAUGGUGAUCAUGUACGUCUGGCACUAUGGUACUCGCAGCAAAUAUCUCUUUGACCUACAGAACAAGGUCUCCAUGAAAUGGAUCCUCACACUCGGCCCCAGUCUUGGGAUCGUUCGUGUCCCUGGAAUUGGGCUCGUUUACACAGAACUAGUUACUGGUGUUCCUGCAAUCUUCUCCCAUUUUGUGACUAACCUCCCUGCUUUCCACCAAGUUCUUGUCUUUGUCUGUGUGAAGUCAGUGCCAGUCCCUCAUGUUGCACCGGAUGAGCGGUUCCUCGUCGGACGGAUCGGUCCCCGAGCCUACAGAAUGUACAGAUGCAUCAUAAGAUAUGGGUACAAAGAUGUGCAGAAAGAUGAAGACAACUUUGAGAACCAACUGGUGUUGAGCAUUGCCAGGUUCAUCCAGAUGGAAUCAUCAUCCUCUGGGAGUUGUGACACUUCUCCGGAAGGAAGAAUGGCUGUCAUACGAGCUAAUGAUACUUCUGGCACCAGCUUGGUGAUGAGGGAUGCUGAUGAGACUGAGGUUAACUGUAACUCUACUUUCACCAGGAGCAGCAAGUCUGAAACCCUACAAAGCUUUCAGUCAAUACAUGAACAGGAAUGGACCUCCGUCGGCCGUCCGCGGCGGCGAAUCCGGUUAGAGUUGUCCGAGGAGGAAAACAUGGAGUCCGAGGUAAAAGAGGAAUUGAUGGCAUUACUGGAAGCUAAGCAAGCAGGGGUCGCGUACAUAAUGGGCCAUUCUUAUGUGAAAGCCAGGAAGACAUCACCUUUCUUGAAGAAGGUUGCCAUUGAUGUUGCCUAUUCUUUCCUCCGUAAGAAUUGCAGGGGGCCUGCGGUGGCUUUGAACAUCCCUCACAUAAGCCUCAUCGAAGUGGGCAUGAUCUACUAUGUAUAGUAACUUCUCCAUUCUCAUGCAUGACAGGAUUCCACCAAAUCUCAAGUAAGGCAAAGAGUUCUCUGUAUGAGACGUUUAUGAUCUGUUUGAGAAGCCAAAUCAAAAGAGGGCUGCUAUCAACAAUCAAAAGAGAUGAAUAGAGACAGAUGGAAAGUGCGAGUCAAAUAAAUUUGCAUUAAGUGGUGACGGCUCACUCUUCACGGAUCACUCUACUCUAGCUUUAUUUAUGUAUGAUGGGUCCCUCAAAUUUGUUCUCGAGAUGCAGCUCGAGACCACGACGAUAGGUUACAUGAACACGACAAAACUAGUGACAUCACUCAGUCCUUUAACAAUAGCUGUUACUACUAUGCACAAGCUGAGAGGAGUUUGAUUGAGGCCUGACAGACUUCGCUUAUGUCGAUAACUAUCGGACAUACUCUUGCACCUCUAAAUCC